AUGAUUAAACAUAAUAUCAAAUGGAAAUCUCCUAAAUAGGAUGUCAUUUAAACAUUUGCUACUCCUAAAUCAACAUUUUACAUUACUAGAAGGAUAAUUUAAACCAAAAGUGAUAGAUCUAUAAAAUUACUCAACAAUAAAGCAACAGAACAAAUUAAAAAUUAAAACUAAUAAACAUGCUCUCUCUCAAGAGUAUUGACAACAACAAAUUAUAGAAGUUUAUCUACUACUCCAACUAAUGGAAGAAGAUAAUUUUCUUAAAAUAUUGAUUUAUAAUCACAUGUAAUCAAUACAGAAAGAUAUUAAUCUUCAAGCAUAUUGUCAUCAGAAUUACAUAUUAAUUCUAUACCCAAAACAAAUAGAGUUGUAUCACUUUAUUAAGAUUCAAUCUAAAAUCAACUCCCUCAAUAUAAUUUUCAAUAUGAAAGUUAAGGUUUGAAUCCUUUUGCUUAUAGUUCCAAACCUAGUUUCAAUACUGUUAAUAUUGAAUAAGCACAGUUGCAUUAUAUAGACAAGGAAUUAAUAGAAAAUAUCCCUAUUCCUACCAAAAAAGAUUAAAAUGCUAGAAAAUCUAUUUUUUAGAAUACAAAUUAUUAAAUUUACUCAAAAAUUAAAAUAAAAAACAAAUAAUUAGUACAUUAAAAAUAAUAAAUAUUUCUUUAAAAAGUAUUAAAAAAUAUCAAAGAUUCUCAAAAUAUCCAAGCAGAGCCAAAACAAUUCACAAGAAAAUAUUCUAAAAUAUGGAAAGAAAAUUUUUAAUAACCUUAAUUUUAAGAAUAAUAGUAAUAUCAAAAAUCGUCUUAAUAAUUUAAGUUAUAUUUUAAUUAACUUAUUGAAAAAAUACUCAAUAAAUUUCUACUAUAUUAAUAAAUUACCGAAUUAAUUGAAUGGAUGAAUGAAUAAAACCGUUAAACUUAUUAAUAGUUUGGAUCACUUUCUCAUUUGAGAUAGCUGUAUAUAUAAAAUCAUAAAUUAAAAUGUGUUCAAACUGAAAUUGAAAAUGAAUAAUUUAGAUACAAAUAAGAUAUCAAAUCAUUUGGAAUGUAUUUUUUAUUUAUAUUUUAGAUUAGGAUAGAUAUUUUAAGUGAAUUUUAAGAAGAAGAAAUUUAUAACCAUAUUUGGUAAUAAAAAUAUGAGGAUAAAUAUAAAGUAGAAUAAAUAGUUUAUUUUUAAAAUGAAAUAAUUAAAUAUUCAUCUAGCUAUAAAAUUAAUCAUAUAAUAUCUAUUUUAGAUAACUAAACAAAAAAUAUACUUUUAUCAGAUGAAUACACUAAUUUAGAUAAAUUAAUCUAUAAAAAUAAUAUAGAGGAGCAUAUUCCAGAAAUUUAAUCAGAAGAUAAAUUAGUGAAAAAAGCUGUGUCCAAACUUCUCUAUAAAUAAUAUUCAGAUAUUUUAAUAGGUAGUUAUCUGAACUUAAGUAAUUUAAAUGAUAUUGAACAUAACAAUUACCAUGAAUAAUAACAAUAAUAGAUUUCACUAAAUUUAGAUAAAAAAGCAAUGCUAUUAAAAUUGAGAAGAUAAACUAAAGAAGCCAAAAUAUAAGGAAGAAGAUCUGCAUUAUUCUAAAAAUAAGAACAUUAACCAUUCUAAAAUAUUUUUUCUUUAUUAAAGUAGCAAGAAAAUAAUAUAGUUUUAUAAGUUCUAGAUUGUCAAAGAAGAAAGAGUAAAUCUACGCAUAAUUUUCUAUCUACUUAAAUGUAAGAACAUUGUUAAGAUUAAGAUAAUAAUUAAAGUUUAUAAGAAGAAUCUAUUACAAAAGAUUUAUGUGUAAAAGUAAAAUUAUUAUAUUGAAAUAGCCUGUUAAAUACAAGUAAUAAAUGAGAUUAUAGAAUUUGAUGAUUUUUGAUUAAAUAAUUAAAAAAGAAAAUUCGUAAAUUUAAUUGGUUUAAUUGAUGAUUGAACAUAAUUUAUUUGAUGAAUUGAUAGAUUUUUUAAGACAACAUCCCAAUUUUUCGUUAAACUCAAGGAAUAUAGAAGGAAAACCAUUUAUAAUGUUGGCAGCAUAGUCAGGAAAUGUAGAAUUAGUAUAGUACAUGAUAAAUUAGAAUGUCCAUGUAAAUGUUAAGGAUGUAAAAAUAUUUUUUAAAAUUAGUUAGAUGGAAACACUGCUCUUCAUUAUGCAAUUACUUUUGGAUAUUAUCAAAUAGCUGAUUUACUUUUACAAAAUGGAGCAAAUCCCUACAGUAAAAACAGAAAUAAUUAAAAUCCUUGGAACUGGAAUCACUUAUAACAAUAAAAAAAUUGUUGA